AUGAAAAAGACUCUGUUGCUGGUGUUUGUUCAUGGUUUCAAGGGCGGCGAUGACACAUUUGGUGAAUUUCCGCAACAUAUAAAGGUUCUCCUUAGCCGCAAGCUCCCCUCCAUAACCGUGGCGACACUCGUUUACCCCAAGUAUGAGACUCGAGGGAGCUUGCAGGACUCAGUGAGUGCGUUUCGGGAAUGGCUGCAGAAUCAGGUAAUCGAUCUAGAAGUCUCCAACCGAACACCUUCGCCGACCGUUGAUCCUUCCGUGCACGUCUUUCUCGUUGGUCACUCGAUGGGCGGAAUCGUCGCUGCCGACACACUGUUGCUCCUGGCUUCUGAACAGCCCAUACCGGCGAGGACUCCAGCUCAGUCGUCACGAUAUGAAUUCGAUGAGGGCUCAAAAGAUACGACAGCCGCAGAGAGCACUAAUCUGGCGGACUCGGGCUUAUUCAUGUUUCCUCAUAUUCAGGGCGUGUUCGCGUUCGAUACCCCAUAUCUUGGAGUCGCACCAGGUGUAGUGUCUUACGGCGCCGAAGGUCAUUACAAGACAAUCACGUCAACAUAUAACGCAUUCUCCGAGGUUGCUGGACUAUUUGGGCUCGGGGCAAACAAUGCUUCAAGCAAAGGGGCGGCGCCACCUUCAGACGAAGCUAAAAAGUUACCGCCUGCGUCAGAUAGUGACGCUGCAGCGACACCGUCCUGGCAGCGAUGGGGACGGUAUGCGAUGUUUGCUGGCGCUGCAGGAGCUGUCGCUGCGGGAGGAGCGGCAGCCAUGUAUUCCCAGCGGCAGCGGUUGACCGAUAGCUGGGGAUGGGUUUCGUCGCAUCUUGCAUUCGUGGGCUGCCUAGCACGACCAGCAGAGCUCCAUCAACGUAUUGCGCAACUGUCGCAAGUGCGCAAAGACCGAGGAAUCAGAUGCGUGAACUUUUACACCUGCCUAGGGAAGGGCGCCCCAUCCCUGGUAGAAAACACCGGCAACGUCAACGAGACGGGCAAGGGUCAAACGGCACCCUUCAGCUCCAGGAUUAUCCGCUCGAAGCACCGUACUUUUUGCACUAUCCCGGAUGGCGAGGAAGGCAAAGCCCAAGAAAAGCCGAAACGCACGGGGCCGGGAGUCGAAUGGACUAAGGCUGUAAAUGAUAAGGCCACCGAUGAGAUCAAGGCCCAUACCUGCAUGUUUCUCCCGAAGCAGAAUCCGGCUUUUUACGAACUAGUUAAUCAUGCAUGCACGGCGAUGGUCAGAUCGGUGGACAGGGGAUGGUACAGUACCGCAGGAGGACAGGCUAUUUACAGCGAAGCACCAGCGGACAAGAUGCCGCGGCCCGAGCAGGACCGAGCCAACACUCAAGCCGAAAGCGGGAUGGAUGAGGACGUUGUAAUCAUUGAUUGA